UAAUUGGGUACUUUUCAAAGUUACCUUCACCCAAGUUGACACAUUCUGUUACUGGUUAAUCAGUGUUCUCAUUUUUUUCAGCGCUUGAAUAUCGAAUUGUAGAGAGUGUUUACGAGUCGAACAGAAGAUGAUACUGCAGCUGCCUAAAAUUGUGAUAUGUCUAGUGAUUAUUUCGAAUUUGCACGUCACUUCAUCGAAGAAUAUAUUUCAUGGGUAUUCUAAAUAUAUCACAAAUUAUAUUUCCAAUUUGGUAGAAAAUGCUGUAGGAAAAACUCAAUGCGCAAGCGAUUUGAAAAGUUUGGCACAUGAUUUGAUUAAUAUGGAAAGAUGGGCACUAGAAAUGGUCGACUCUUCAGGAAAAGUUGCCAGUGGUAUCCUAGCAGGACACAUUUACAUGACAGGAAAUUUCGAUCAGUGUCUGGAGAUAAGGGAACAAAAAAAUGACACAUUGAUAAACGGACAAUAUUGCACAGUAACUCUAACGCACAGUAAAACAAAUUCUGGACCAUUUGAUUUUCUGUUGAACACCGCAGCGGUUGCUGAAUUCUUAGGAAUCAGUUUGAAUUCUCAAUCCAAAACAUUCUUGAUGGUAAUCAGAUUACAUUAUGGAAUAUGUAUACCCCAUUCGUGUUCAAUUGGUAACCUUCAAAGUAUAUGGGACUACAUUGAACAUACUUUCAAGGCUCCCAUUCAUGUGAAUUUUCAAGAUAUGAUGUGUAGAGUCAAGGGCAAAGAAGUUGAACCGUACUUUUUCGAUAAGUAUAUUAUAGCGAUCUUUGUUGUAUAUUUUAUUUUACUGGUUGUAUGCACCUGGUAUGAUUUGACAAUUCAUCAGCAAAAGGAUGAGAACACGGAUAAUUAUAUAGUGGCAUUUUCACUGUACACAAAUGCAAAGAAAUUGUUCACUUCGAAAUCUGGCUCUCAGGAUGAAUCUGUGAAUAACUUGAAGUCAAUAAAUGGUAUUAAAGUUCUUUCCAUGCUUUGGGUUAUAAUGGGACACCGCUGCAUUAUGAAUUUUUUCUCUGGAGCUACGAACACUGUAUAUGCACAUCAGCUGAAAGAACGAAUAGAAUUUUUAUUCAUAAUCAGUGCAUCCUACGCUGUAGAUACAUUUUUGUUCCUGAGUGGGUUUCUCUUGUCCUACGGUAUAUUCAAAAAUCAGGAGUUGCUGAAAAAAAGGAAGCAAUUUCCAGUAAUUCCUAUGUAUAUCUAUAGAUUUCUGAGGUUAUCUCCGGCUCUCAUCGCCACAAUUUUAUUCUAUGUGAGUGUUUUCAAGAAGAUGAACGACGGACCGGGAUGGCCAUUAUAUUCCAGAAAAUUAGCUGGCAGUUGCGCAUUGAAUUGGUGGGCUACGUUAUUAUUCAUAUCAAAUUAUUUGGACAUUUCUCAUCAG